UCCCGCGCGAAGCCCUCCGCAGAAGAGGAGGCAGACAGAAGACGGUUUAAAACUCCGAGCCGGAGACGCUGUUUGUCCAAACUUUGUCAAACUGUCGCCUCAAGCUCGUCCUCAGCUCAGUGUUUUUUUUAUUCACCACUGGAAAAAAACAAGGGUUUGAAGAGGAGAAGAAGAAGAAGAAGGAGAGUGGGUGAUAUCCGCCUCCAGCAGCAGCGGAGCGACUACAAACUUUCUCCCCAAGUUGACUUCACAGUUCUCGGGAGACUCUUCACUGGCUAGAGCUGGAAGCUGACUACCUGUACGCCACUUCAUAGAGAGGGAAAUCCUUGUGGAGGAAAGCAGGAGAAAGGCCCGUUCAUCCACCGUCCUCAAGCUGGAAGCUGCAGGAUAAUAUCAAUAUGGCCUUAAGAUCCCCCGUUCCUGUGUUACUUCUUGCAAUAUGUUGCCUAGCAUCUGCAGGUCCGUUGUUCCGCAGCCCAUGUGAGCUGCUGCCGGUGGGGAUGGCCCACCCGGUGCAGGCCAUGUCGAAGAGCUUCACUGUCCUGUCAGGCUGUGCAAGCAGGGGCACUACCAGCCUCCCUCAGGAGGUCCACAUCAUCAACCUGAGAGGACACACUCCAGAGGGACCAGACAACACCCCGGCAGAAGUUGAGUUGCGUCUGAAGCCCAUCCAGUCUCUGCUUCGCCACCAGAAGCCCCUGGUCUUCGUGCUCAGCUCCCCCCAGCCACUGAUCUGGAAGAUCAAGACAGAGAACCUGGCCCUGGGCAUCGAACGUACCUUUCAUGUAUCGGAAGGCUCAGAGGUCCACUUUCAGCCAGGAAACUUCUCGCUCACCUGCCAGAUCCACAAGGAGACACUUCCCCAUGGCAAUGAGCACCUCCUCAGCUGGGCCCAGAAGAACUACAGGGCAGUCACCUCUUUCUCUGAGCUCAGGAUGACUCAAGAUAUCUACAUCAAAGUUGGAGAAGACCCAGUGUUUUCUGACACCUGCAAGAUUGAUACCAAGUUCCUGUCUCUGAACUACCUGGGCGGCUACGUCGAGCCACAGCCUUCAAAGGGCUGCGUGCUGUCUGGCCUCGACAAAGACCAAGAGGUCCACAUCAUCGAGCUGCAAGCCCCCAACUCCAGCAGUGCUUUCCAGGUGGAUGUCAUUGUGGAUCUAAGGCCUUUGGAGGAAGAUGCCCCCCUGCAUCGCAACGUAGUCUUGUUGCUCAAGUGCGCUAAGUCUGUCAACUGGGUCAUCAAAAGCCACCGUGUGACGGGCAAACUGGAGAUUGUGGCCUCUGAUACCGUGAGUGUGAGCUCCACCACAGAGAGAGAAAUGCAAGUGUUAAAAUCCCCCAAGCAGCAAUUGCCAACAGGAUCACAAGCCUUGAUCAAGUGGGCAGAGGACCGUGGUGGUCCAGUCACGUCUUACACCAGCACUCCUGUAGCUAACCACUUCAGUAUCAGACUAAGAGAGCCAGAUGUGGUGGAUCCUCUGGAGAGCAUGUUUACCCCAGAGCUCCCCUUCCUGCGCGACUCCAGUCCUUAUCCAGGAGCAGGAGUUGCUUCACGACGCUCAGGUCUGCCCUACCUGCAGCUUCCCUCCAUCCUCGACGAUCGGCCCUGGGAGAACAGCGAGCCAGAGGAGCAUCAGGGCGUCCUGAGUGUUGGCCAUAUUGUGCAGUGCGAGGACACAAGGAUGGUGGUCAGCAUUGACAAAGAGAGUCUGCAAGCGAACGGAUUUCUUCAUGCCAACCUCACGCUGCUAGACCCAAAUUGCAAAGCUACAGUCAAUGCCACCCACUACACGCUGGAAACUCCUCUGACAGGCUGUGAGACCACCGUAUUUCCCAUUCAGGGAAGCCCUACAGCCCUCCACUUCAACUCUGUCUUGAUAAGUCAUGCUGAGAACAAGGAUGGGAGUGGUCGACCGCUGGAUUUUGGGGAUCUGGAAUCCGGAGACGUGCUGUUCCCGAGGGACCCGGUUGAGUUGGAGAGGACGAUCAGUGAGCCACCACAGCAACAGUCUGUCAUCGAGUUCAACUGCACAUACAGAAAGAACCAGGGAACCUCUGAUACACUUCCCAGGAUUGUACCGGGACCGUCCAGGCAGCCGGUCAACAACAUGACGUUCACUAUGGAGGUGUACAACACGCUGUCGACUAACAACCCCUCGCGCCAGGCCUUCUUCCCGGUUUCACCAAAUCAAUCAGUCUUUGUGGAGAUCACAUCGACCGCAUCGGACUUGGAUCUGGGGUUCACCAUCAUAUCAUGCUCUAUUUCUCCCAACUCCAACCCCAGCGUGGACUCAGACUACUCCCUCAUUGAGACCGUCUGCCCCACAGACGAGUCCGUCCAUAUCUACCCUAAGAUGGACUUCCCUAUCCCUCAUGCUCGUUUGGAAAAGAAAAGUUUCAACUUCACCUUCAGCUCAAAGUUGAACUUGUCCCAGCUUUUCCUGCACUGUGAGAUGUCUCUGUGUGCCAAGAGAUCCCAGAGCAGUCAGAGUCUGCCGCCGUGCCUGCAAACCGGUGAGACCUGUGACUCUUUUAAUAUGGACAGUAUCCUCAAGAUGAUGAUGAACAGAAAGACGACUACCCAGCAGCUGCUUGUGCUGGAUGGCUCUGUUCUGCCAGUCUCAACAGCAGUGGAUCCUCCAGACAAAGUACCCCAAAACACCAUGUAUGUGCUGGACACUCCAACAGUCGUGGGAAUCGCCUUUGCAGCCUUUGUCAUCGGGGCUUUGUUGACCGGAGCCCUGUGGUUCAUCUACUCCCACACAGGUGAGACAGCUGGCACACAGCAGGUCCAGAAGUCCCAACCCGCCUCCGAGAACAGCAGCGCGGCUCACAGUAUCGGCAGCACGCAGAGCACGCCCUGCUCCAGCAGCAGCACAGCAUAGCCCAGGACACUUCCCCAGCGGGGCUCGGCCCUGCUGUGGCUCCUGGAAGGGCCCCGGAGGUUCACAGGGACCGGUUGAUGAUUUCCUUCGGUGGAAGGAGUUAUUUUUGGAGGAAGUGGUAGGAAGGAAAAAAAUACAUAUAUAAAAAGACAAUUUUAAAAGAAGAAAACACACAACCGCACCUGUAGUUGUUGUGUUAGUCCCCUUGUGCCACCUCAAGUUAGUGCAGUAACAGUUCUGAGACUCAGCGGCAUCACCUCAUUUCUAGCAGGAAAAAAAAAAUCUACAAGAAUCAAAUGUGCGUGUCAGCCAGACAUUUCUUUCUAAUCCAAAUCCUGCUUUUUUCUGAGCACAACAGAGCCGUUUGCUUUGACCUUAAAUGGUUGGAUUUGGGCUGUUUGUACCAAGCAGGUGCUCUGCAACAGCAAUGAUGUCAGUAUUAGUGAGUGAGAUGUUGAUGGCUGCACUGUAACAUGUUACUUUAGGAAAUGCAGCACUCAACAUGGGAGAGCAGCAAAGCAACCACUAUUAACAUGUGAACAACAGUGUUGUAUUAGCAGGAGUCGUCAUCUUGAGCCAAAGAGAGAUACUGGCUUUUAAGAGACGCAGGGCAGAGGAGGUAUUGAAUGUAUACACAAGAGUAAAAAGCCAAAAAAAUGUGAAAGAAAAAUGUGAAAGUCUUGCUGUUGAAUGCCACAUUUCAUAAUGAACUAAUUACACUCAUCCCACCCCUCACAAUGGAUUUAUACACACAGGUUUUAUUUCUGUAAAGUAGUUAUAGUUGUGCAUUUCGUUGGGUGGGGGUCUGAGUCUUAAUUUCAUACACAAGUUGUUACACAACUUCACACGGGGCAUUAUGGGCUCCUUAUUAUUGCAGUAGUUUUUAAUAGAAAUGUUCAACAUUUUGGGAAAUAUUUUGUAAAAGUAAGAUGAGAAGAUGGAUGCCUCUUUUGUGUCUGUGCGUUAGAUGUGGAACACAGUGCAGGAGAUGAUUAGCCUAACUUAGCAUGAUUCAAGAUUCAAGAUAUCAAGAUUAACAAACCAAUGAGUUCAGAGAUCAGUUCAAUGUAUUUAAGAACGAUUCACAAAACAAAACUCCCCCUAAGACUAAAUUCUAAUUUAAAAUUUCUACCUGUGCAGGGAAAGGCGUUUAUUAAUUAGCUUUAGAUAUACUGGUAUCCUUAGCUUCCCUGUGCGUUUUUUAUGCUAAAGUGGCACAUUACUUCACAUGCUCUAUCUCGUGUGUUGAAUCUGCAAACAAAAAGAAAAGUAAAUGCAGUGGUGUGGUGUUUUUAGGGGGAGGUUCAUACAUUAUAUUCUGUUGCUAAAUGCUAAGCUUUGCUAAUCAACUCCCGGCGUCGGCACCAUGCGAAACUCAGAUGUGAGAGUUGCUUCGAUCUUGAAAGCAAAUAAGCAUAUUUCCCAAAACUAUUCAUUUCAUAUGUGUAUAUAUUUGUUUGUAUAUAUUGUAAAUACCCAUGUAGCAGAGUGUGAAAAGGAUGUUUUUGUACUUGUGGACUGGACAGUGUAAGGUCCAAGUUUUCACCGUGUCAUAUUAUUAAAGUGACUAAAUACCCGUGUUGAAUAACAAAAAUAGGGGCGGGGGAUUUUUUCGGACAUAUUUUCUAAUCAUGGCUUCGCUUAGCUGAUGCAGUUUGGAUCCCACUGUCUGUGCCUAUACACCAGAGCUGCCACUCAAUACUAUUUUCAUAUUGAUCUAUCGAUUAUUUGUUUUAAAAAGCUAUCAAAUUUAGAAGCUAUAAAAAUGAAUAUUUGGCAUUUCCCUUGAUAAAAAAGUGUAAUGAUGGUUACAUUUCUACCAAUUGAUUAUUCAGCUCAUUGUAGUCUUAUCGGACAGAGGCCAAGGGAGAGUAUUUUUUUAUAUAAGGCCAGAUGUUCAGUGUUUGUUUAUGUAAAUCUUGGCACUUACAGUGUUGAAUAAGCUCUAGCCUAAGCUCUUUGUUAUGAACAUAAGUUUGCAAGUGUUGGUCAAACUGCAACACCUCAACUGCCCCACCGUCUCAGAAUAGCAUGAAUGUUUGCUGCAGUGCCUUCCUUCAUUAACCUGCAUGUAAUUGUAUUAGACUGUGUGUGGGACUAACCUGUAACGAUUUAACCAACAAGAAAAGCAGAAUGUAUGUUAUCUCAAAGCUUUUGAUCUUAUUUUUCUUUUCAUAUGUAAACAUGUAUAAAGCUUUCUACAGAGGGAACAGAGUAUAAAGAUAUAGAUAUAUAUAUUUGUGUAUAAAAUAAUAUUCUGGAAUAUAUAUAUAUAUAUGUAUAUAUAUAUAUAUAUCAAGAGAAAUUGAUCGUUUUCUAUGUGUGUUAAGUACUGUGAAUUGUGGAUUUGCUCAUACAUAAGUCUUUAUGAUUAACGUAGAUCAUUAAUAAAAGCCCUGUGCCAAGUUUAUGACCCUUUGACAAAUGGACAUUUUUUAUUGGAAAUUAUCAAGUUUAAAAAAAAAAAAUGUAAUUUUUAAACUUAACCGUUGAAACUUUAUUCAACAAUGUGUCAUAACCCAAGCAAUGGGUUUAUGAUGAAUACUACAUAUAAAUAUGUAAUUUCUUCUGUACAUGGAAAAACGUUUCCUAUGGUUUGUUAAAACAUUGUGAUAGUUUGUGGUCUAAUUUUCGUACAUGCCAAUAAUGUUUCAUGACUGAAGCUGUUGCGUAUUGAUGCUAUUUUGUAUAAAACAUGUUUUUACUCAAAUAUUUUCUCAUGAAGUAAAUAAAUCGGAUGUUGAAUUUAUCCAUUUGGAUCACAGCAUCUCAGAUAUCAGUUUCAUAUUUUCGGAGAUAAGCUGUAAUAAUGACUAUUUUAUCAUAACAUUUAGUGAGGUUCCCACUAUAAAACCCACCUCCCCAAAUCGAUCCCCUCUUUUCUUCCUCCCAUUGUCAUAAUCAGUAACAGAUAUUGUAUCCCCAUUGACAUAAUGAAAAAUAAUUCAAUCAAAGCUGGACCACUAAUGGCAGCAGGGAAAUCACGUUUGAAAUAAAAGCGAGGAUUGGGUAAUAAAUGUGGCUUAACUGGAGAAAAUCCAACCUUUUCUUAUUUGGUUUCUGGAAACUCAGCUGUUUUCACUAACAGUUGAGAAAUAACUUUAAUUCAGUUCUAUUCGAACCACUUGACCUUGAUUGUUUUGUCGGGCCUCGGGCCAGGAGGGUCUCGGUCAGCUCAGUUUUACAGUGACUAUACAGAAAUGACAUGUCGCAGCAUUAUUGUGAACAGCAUUGUAUCCCACUGUAAACAGAGCAUACUACACAUCGUACAGAGGGGACAUAUAAUCAGCGGUCAUUGUGGUCUCUGGGCUUUCUGACAUUCCUGUAGUUUUUUUGCGGUUUCUCUUAUCGACUGUUAGUGAAUCCAUCCCCCCGUUUGUUAUUACCCCCCCUCACUCCCCCCCAGCCCGUGUGUCACGCCGUUCAGCUGUGAGCCUCCGACUUGUGCUCUGGAUGCAAUUAUCCCAUUUGAGAUCAUUUCUAGAUAUUCCUUCACUCAAACUAAUGAUACGACUUCAACAUUCCUCCUCCUUCUCUAUUACCCCAGUGCAUGCUGGAAAAACCACUUCCCCCCCAUAGUAGAGAAUGAGGAUUAGUUACAUGCUGUCAAUAUGAAACCAUGAUGCUGUAUCACACUAGAGUCUCACUGCUGGUCGAUGCCCAUCUGACAACAGCUGUAAUCGGAGCACCAAUCCAUUGAUUUAGUCAUUGAUUGUAUUUGUUAAACCAUUUUGCUACCUCAUGUGUUUUUCUAUGAAUGUGUCAUUUGUGUGUUUGUAUGUGUGCGAGUGUUUUCUGUGCAUGUGUGUGAACUCGAGAGAAGUUGAAACUCUCUUAUAGACUAUACUGCAGUUUGAUGAUUUCGGGGCCCUGACAUUGUUUUACUGCAGUCCACAUGUCAUUUUUCUUCUCAAAGUAAACAAUGAAGUGGUCGAUGUGCGAUCACGAUGUUGAUGGGGGGGGGGGGCGUUGUAAAUGUGUAGAACUUUUUUCAGCAGUUACCGUUUCCUUUGGAGUUUGAAAACUUUUUAUACGCUGUAAAUAUGCAUGAUAUUUGUAUACCCAUUAUGUCCAAUAAAUUGUCAUGAUAGUCCACGA